AUGAGUGAGAAUGUAGAGCAGGAUCCCCAGCAGGAAGAUGCUGAGCAAGUGGAACCACAUCUGGCGUUAUCGCAAAGAUCCAAAGGGUAUGUGUCCAGCAGUUUAGAGCAGGAGAAAGUCUGUGGGAAUCAGCACCAGCCUGAGACACAGCAGGGAAACAAGCCAGAGGAGAAAGUGGAUAAAUCAAUUAAUGGUCAGGGCACUACUAAGGACCUCAAGGAAAUCACAGCCCAGCAGAGAAUCCCCAUGGGAAAGAGAAGCAACACAUGCACUGAGUGUGGGAAAAUCUUCAGUAGUCGUUCAGUCCUCGUUAAACAUCAGAGAAGCCACAUCAGCAAGAGACCCUAUGCAUGCACUGAGUGUGGGAAAUGCUUCAGUCAGAGUUCCGACCUCAUCACACAUCAGCGAAUCCAUACAGGGGAGAGACCCUACACAUGCAGUAAGUGUGGGAAAAGCUUUAAUCGGAACUCCAACCUUAUAAUGCAUCAGAGGAUCCACACCGGGGAGACCCCCUACACAUGCUCUGAGUGCGGGAAAAGCUUUAAUCAGAGAUCAAACCUUAUCACGCAUCAGAGAAUCCACACAGACGAGACAUCCUACACAUGCCAUGAAUGCAGAAAAGGUUUCAAUGUGAGCUCAGCCCUUGUCACCCAUUGGCGAAUCCACCCAGGAGAGUUGCCCUACAUGUGUUCUGAGUGCGGAAAGAGUUUUAGUAAGAGUUUGCACCUUGUUAGACAUCAGAGAAUCCACACUGGAGCGAGACCUUACAGGUGUUGUGAGUGCAGGAAAAGCUUCAAUCGACAUUCCAACCUUAUCACACAUCAGCAAAUCCACAUAGGGAAGACAUCCUAUGCCUGCGCUAAGUGUGGGAAAAGCUUCAAUCAGCACUCAAAUCUUAUGAGACAUCAGAGAAUCCACACAGGAGAAACACCCUACAUGUGCUCUGAGUGCGGGAAAAGCUUCAGUAAAAACUCAGCCCUUAUCAGUCAUUGGAGAAUCCGCAUGGGAGACUAG